AUGGCCAGCCGCAGCGUGAGGGUGGUGGGGCUGGCGGCCGCGGCGGCUGCGGUGACAGGAGGGGUGAUCUACGUCGUGUGGAGCUACGUGUCCUCCCCGCGCCCCACGGCCGAGCCAGAGUUGUCCCGACCACAAAUAGGGGAGCCUCGGGCUGCUUCUCCUCCGCAAAUGGGGAGGAGAAAGAAGAAAGAAAUGAUUGUAGUGGGGGAAAAAGAGGACGAGAGCAGCACCUCAACUGUACCAUCCCAGAAGCAGUCACAGGAGAAAGCACAAAAUAAGCAAGUCCUAGUGCUGGGUCUGGAUGGAGCAGGAAAGACCAGUGUCCUCCACACCUUAGCUACAAAUAAAGUCCAGCGUAGCGUUGCUCCCACCCAGGGCUUCAAUGCAGUGUGCAUCAACAAUGGAAACAUGCAGAUGGAGUUCCUGGAGAUUGGUGGCAGUGAGCCUUUCCGCUCUUAUUGGAAGAUGUACCUCUCCAAGGUUCUGGUGUUGAUUUUUGUGGUGGACUCAGCAGAUCACGGACGAUUAUCUGAUGCCAAAGAACAUCUCCAUCAGCUGAUCCAAAAAGGUCCAGCCCUUCCUCUAGUUGUUUUUGCAAAUAAACAGGAUCUUGAAGAUGCAUAUAGUAUCACAGAUAUUCAUGAGGUUUUGGGAUUAUCUGAGAUUGGAGAUGAUAGAAAGUUGUUCCUGUUUGGAACCCACAUAACCCAGAAUGGCACAGACAUCCCCUCCAGUAUGCAGGAUGCACGAGAACUUAUAGCCCAGCUGGUGUCAGAAGCUCAGUGACCAGUGACCUCCAGUGUCUGUCGGCCCUUAUA